AUUCACGGUUCACGACUCCAUCCCGCAUCUCCUCCCUGUCCAUCCAUUGCGAGAGCGUAUAGCUCUCACCUCUUACGCCAAAUCUCUUACGCCAAAUAUGCCAUCGUCAGUAUGUCUCCGUCGGCUCUCGCUGGCACCCUCGGACCUCACGGCGCACGCAAUGGCAUCGCGGAGCCUCCUCGCAUACACCCAGACGGCCUCCUUCUCGCAAUCCGCACCUCUAUCGGCCAAGCCUGGACAAGGGAAACCCGCUGGCCCAGCGCGUGGAGAAAGGACACUCAAUCUCGGGAAAAACAAGAAGGUUCAGCGGGACAUGGGAAAGCGGCCUGCUCCCGGCGAGCGCAAAGCUCUUCGGAAGCGCGUGGUUCUCAGCAAUACAAACGCUCUUGUCGUGGAAGGUCUCAAUGACCUCACGGUCGGCAAUAUUGAAACUGGGGAUAUGCAAGGGCAGGUUGUUGGGCUCUCGGAACCCGUUAUAGAUUCGUUAAGAGCUGUGGAGGCUUUCAAGGCCACUCAGGGCUGGCAUCUGUUUCGUCGGCCGGCUAUGUUGAUGCGGAGGGAGACGACGCAGGUCUCGGCAUUAAUGCGAGAUGUUGAGACGCGAAAGAAGACAGUGCGGAGGAUACUGGCUGGAGAUAGGGCGAGCGGGAAAAGUACACUGCUUCUUCAGGGAUUGGCAAUGGCUUUCAUGAAGAAGUGGGUGGUGAUCAGUAUUCCAGAUGCCAAGGACAUUGUCAGCGCACACACAGAAUAUGCUCCUCUGCCUGGAUCGAACCCUCUCCAAUACACCCAAAAUGCCUACACCGCAAACCUCCUUGCUCAGAUCGCCAAAGCCAACUCUGAGGUGCUUUCAAAAUUACUCCCUGGUACCGAUUUAAAACUCCCAAUCCCCACGAAUCGUAUAACCACCUUGGCGGACCUGGCGGUGCUUGGAAGCAAGAACCCGGAGUUAUCAUGGCCCAUCUUCAACGCUCUAUGGACAGAGCUCACUCAGCCCGGCCGUCCACCCAUAAUGCUCGCCGUUGAUGGCCUAGCACACAUGAUGGCUCCCUCCGCCUACCUGUCUGCGGAGGCUAAACCCAUUCACGCCCACGACUUGGUUGUCGUUCGCCACUUUGUCGACCAUCUCUCCGGAAAGAGCGCCCUUCCAAAUGGUGGCAUGGUUCUUGCAGCUACGUCCGGCUCAAAUCAACCAGGCUCGCCUGCCUUGAAGUUCUCUGUACAGCUAGCGGAAGCCCGCGCACAGGGCGCCACUGAUCUGCCCAUGUGGAACCCGUACCAAUUGGUCGAUCAGCGUGUUAUGGAGGUCUUGAAAGAUGUGGAUACCCUGAAGCUGCAUGGUCUAGAUAAACGGGACGCUAGAACGAUCAUGGAAUACUAUGCUGCCAGUGGCAUGCUGAGAAAACAAGUCGACGAGCCGCUGGUGAGUCAGUGGUGGACGUUAGCAGGCAAUGGAAACAUUGGAGAGCUCGAGAAGGGAAGCGUGAAGAUGAGGGCGUGAGGAAGGGUGUAUGAUUUGGGUUGAAUAUCUGUAGCAUAAGAGCGGAUGUUGAUAUAACUUGUAAGAUCAUG